UCGGAUUUUUCGAAGUCAUCCCGACCCGACGCCAUGGAGCUGCCGCCUGCGCCCUUCAGGCCGCCCUUGUGGCCCUCAGUGUCCUUCGCGCAACCGGCGCAAGGAUUUUCCGCGAAAUGGGGCAGGCAGACUCCGCGCAAUCCGUGGCUCUCAGCGAGCCUCGGCGUCGCGCUGGGGGCUUUUCGGGGCGUGGCCCGAAGAGGUUUUGCGCUGGCCGACGUCAAGGAGCGUGAAGGUCGGUUGAAAGAACUGCAAGAAUUCGAGAAGGUGUACCCGUCCACCUGGAGCAAUCCGUCCGGAGCGGUGCUACGUCAGCUGGAUGAAGACCUCUUCGUGGCUGAGAGGCCGUUCAUUUGGAACUCCAUCGAUGUGGGUGGCAAGAUGGCAGUGGUGCGCCUGGAUGACGGAAGUUUGUGGGUGCACUCGCCUGUGCAGCUGGAUGCGCCUUUGAGGCUUGCCCUGUCGCAGCUGGGCCCCGUGCGACACAUCGUCUCCCCCAACUUUGAGCACGUGAAGUGGGCCAAGCCGUGGAAAGAGGCCUUUCCGGAGGCUGUGCUUUGGGGCACUCCCGGCAUGCGCGCCAAGUUCCCCGAGAUCCCCUAUGACCAGGAGCUGCCGGUCUCGGGCGAGUCCCCUUGGCCGGGCAUGGAGAUCUGCUUUGCAGACUGCGAGCGAACUCCGAUCCUUGGUACCCCCUUCUUCAACGAAGUCAUCUUCUACCACAAGCCCAGCAGCACGAUGAUGUGCACCGACAUCUUCUGGAACUACCCGGAGGAUGUUCCGAAGGGGUCGGCCCUGUGGAAGUUUCUGAUGGAUAAGAUCUACCUGCCCUUCUACAAGCGCUUCAUGGCGCGGGCGGCGCCUUUGGAGGCGGUGCUGGGCCGCGUGAAGAGUUGGAAGCCCCACGCCAUCCUGCCCUGCCACGGGCGAUACGUGAAGCCUUCUGACGUGGAGGAGGUCUUUGCAAAUCACCUGAGGUGAAUAAUUCGCUGCCGCUUACGCCGGCACAGCGCCCAAACCUAGAAAGUGUCAC